GAUGUCUUUCCGAUGUGUAGUUAAAUGCGUUUAGUCUUUAGAAGUUUCCAGCAUAACAGAAACAUUAAUUAUUUGUCUUCGAAGUUUUCAUUGGUGUCUUCAAACGAGUAUUUCUGAAAGUUUAUUGUUUUGUUUUUUGAGCUGUGGAUAUUUGUUUCGAUGUAAAGAUCUCAAUUUUAGGAAGAACGCCAAGAGAGGGAAACGCCAUAUUUUUUUCGAAAGUCACAUGUCGAUAAUGGAAUACAAAACACUGUGUUACUAAGAAGAUACUGCUUCCAACGCUUCAUAACGGCGGUAAAACUUGAACAGUGAACUUCGAAUGUGUGUGUGUGUGUUUUUAAAGUUGAAAGAAUGUUCUGGAAACUAUAUUCAAAAGUUCCACCAAUAAAGAAAAUAUUUCUUCUUGUUCCUUGAAUCCAAAUCAUCAUCGCAUUAGUGAUAGAUGAUUAGGAGGAUGUCCACGUCAAUGCACGCACGGGAAGAGUGCCGAAGGAGAGGUGACGUUCAAAUCUCUGGUGCUCCAUGGAACAUUCAAACGAUAGUAUCCUACGUUUUAGCAAUGUUAGCUUGUAUCUUGACCAAUGGUGGUGUAUUUGUGGCCCUCUACCGGUGGGACUGUCUUUGGUUAUUUGUAUCACUCGUGGGUAUAUUCCUCAUCUUAAUAGGUGCCAUUUUGAACUUCGCUGGUUCCAGAGUAACUAAUGAUAGAAACCAAAGGUCAAGAAGAACAAACGUGCAGCAGCAGGCUUUACCUGAAGUGCCUUGUCCGUCAGCUCCAUCUUUAGACUACCACAACACCUGUAGCCAGUUAACCCUAAAUGCAGAGGUGACAUCGAACAUUCCUGUCUACGAUAGUCUUUUAUAUAAUUCCACCAGAGAUGCACAGGUUUCUCCAUCAGCACCUCUAAUGAAUAUAGAUGGACAAAAUUAUUUACUGAUGUCCAUCCCCAGAGAUAUGACUGAAUUAGAAGUGCGAAAGUUAUCGACAAGGCUUAGCACUGUCAUACUUACAGGUUUACCAAACACUUUAGGAAAGCCUGAACAAAGCCAAUCAUUUCUAACAUCAGUAUCGGAAAGAUACCAAAAACCGAAAGACAACAAAAUAGACUCCAAACACAGCUAUUUGACAGACCCAGCACUUAACUGUUCAAUUUCUCAUUCCGCCUUAUCAGAAAACGAGCAGAGCCACCUUUCUGUCUCAAAUACAACUACUGUGGCCAGAAAAAAUGUCGGGAAUAGUCAAAAAAAUUAUUGCUGUCCAGUAACACAGAAUAUCGUGCUUGCAAGUGAAACCGAGGUUUAUACUGUGGAAAAUAACUCUGAAAUAUUGUCACAAGGUGGUAAGCAUUCUACCUCUGAUGCAACUCUAACUACGUUUUCUCAUUACAUUCAUCAAGCAGAAGAAGAAAUGGCACCUUCAAGUAAUGAGCAAACCAAUGUUUUACAGCUUUUGGAAAACCAUCACAGUUUAAUUUCAUCAACUCCUACUAAAACAGCAAACUACCAGUCAUCAGACACGUUGGAUACCCAAGAUACGAACAACGACUACUCCGAAACUUCUAACAGUCGUCAAGUUUCAGAAGUAAACCUACCAAUAGAUGGUGCUAGUAGAUCAAACUAUGGGACCGAUAGUGCCUUCUUGCAAACAGGUCGCUGGAACUAUGAAAUAUAUGAAAGAAUCUCUCCUCCUCCAGCUUAUGAUGAAGUGACUGGAAGAACAAAAGGUCCUCCAACAGUUGCUAAGACUAAUCCAAACAAGCAGCUUAGCUGUUUCUCUAAAAGCUCCGAAAUUGGUAUUGGGUAAUAAAAAUUCUGUAGCUAAGAAAAAAAUUUAACUAUUUGAAAAAAAGAAACCAAAAAACAGUAUUUACUGCAGUAUUACUAAUAUGUGAGGUGACACAUAGCGACAUCUAGUAACAAGUGGCCUUCAUUUUGUGAUAACAAUCUCGUAAACUGCAUUUUUUUUUCUCUCACACUCUUCUUGAUUUGUCCAUUUCAGAUUUAAAAUCAGACGCGUGUAAACUAACAUUUCAGAUCUAUCUUUCGUUCCCCACAAAUCACCGACCAUCUUAUACGUCUUGGGAUGGAUAAAAGAUAAAUCUGAAACACUAC